CAUUGGUGACGUCAUAUUUGACGUCAGAAGAUCGACGUUUCGAGCAGAAGAUGGCGACGAGUAUAGGAGUGAAUGGGUGUCGGGAUUCAGAUAUAAGUGAUACAAGGAAAAGGCCUUUGGAUAGUGAAUUAGACAUAUGCGUUACAAAGAGAUCCCACCAAACAGGAGCCAAUGGAACAUACCAUUUCAAAAUCCUUGUACCCUCAGUGGCUGCUGGAGCUAUCAUUGGGAAAGGUGGAGAAACCAUUGCUCAACUUCAGAAUGAAUCAGGUGCUCGAAUUAAGAUGUCCAAAGCAAAUGAUUUUUAUCCAGGUACAACAGAGCGGGUCUGUCUUAUUACGGGCAGUCUAGAAGGCAUCACUAUGAUACAUGAAUUUAUCACAGAGAAAAUCAGAGAAAAACCAGAUCCUAAUGCAAAAAUGGCAAUAGAUUUUGACCAUAAACAGCCAGCUGAGCGAGAGAAACAGAUAAAAAUAUUAGUUCCUAAUAGUACUGCAGGGAUGAUCAUAGGGAAAGGUGGAAGCUACAUCAAACAAAUAAAGGAAGAAAGUGGUGCGUAUGUUCAGAUAUCGCAGAAAUCGCGGGAUCAUGCCCUGGCUGAGAGAUGUAUAACAGUAAUCGGAGAAACAGAGAACAAUAAGACAGCUUUUAAUUUGAUAUUGGCCAAAAUUGCUGAAGAUCCUCAAAGUGGCAGUUGUCUUAAUGUUAGUUAUGCAGAUAUUUCUGGUCCAGUAGCCAAUUUUAAUCCCACAGGGUCACCAUAUGCUUCUUCAAGUUGUGGUCAAGGAAAUGGUGGAUUAAGUAACAAUAACACCAGCUAUAGUUCGAGUGGAAGUCUCAGUAGUAUUAGUCCAACGAUGAACAGUAAUUUUGGAAGUUCCCAGGGAACAGCAAGUACAGCUAAUAUUAUGCCAUUUUCAGCAGGUAUGGGUAUGGGAUCACGUGGAGUUCCUAAUGGUAGUGCUACUCAGGGUAUAGAUAAUAUCAAACUCAUGUUACGAGGAAAUGGAUACUCUGAACAGGCCACAGCUGAGAUUGCAACUGCAAUGAACACUCUUGCAAAUUAUGGAGUACUAGGGUUAGGAUUAGGUGGGAUGUUGAAUAGCAUGAAUGGGGCUACAAUGAUGGGUGGGAUAGGUACCUCUGCUAACUGCCCCAUCCCCCCUGGAAAUAUACCUAACCAAGGUAUGUUUACGUCAUGUACAGGAGUACCAGAAAUGGAUAUCACUUGUAGUGCAGUAACCACUUCAGGUCCAAUAACUGGAGGAUCAAACAUAUUUGGACCAUUAGGAGGAAACAUGAGUACAGGCAUGUCAAAUGUUGGUAUGUUUCCUGGCUUUUCUUCUCCAUCUGUUAGUAGAUCCAAUGAAAGAUUUCACUUUCAAGGUGAUGGUUCCACAGCUUUUGACCCAUUCCAACGUAACUCUCCUGUGCUAGGAUCCCCAAAUACUCCUAAUCUGCCAAUUAACAACAACUCUUUUGGUCUUGGAACAUGUUUGAAUUCUGGUCCUUCUGCAAUACACAAAAGCCCAACAACAGAUGAUCAGCAGGGAGAAACGGCCAAAAUAGAAGUUGAAGUUUGUGAAAAUAUUGUUGGUGCCAUUUUAGGUCCUGGAGGGAAGUCCCUUUUGGAAAUCCAGCGACUAAGUGGAGCUAAUAUUCAAAUAUCCAAAAAAGGUAUAUUUGCACCUGGAACACGUAAUCGUAUUGUAACAAUAACUGGCCCUCCAACUACUGUCAGCACUGCCCAUUAUCUCAUUGAACAACAGAUCAGUGGAGAGGAAGCAAAGAGAGCUCGUCAAAACAGUUUUGUAACCAUACGUUAAUGACAUCUUCAUGUUGUAGUGUCAUCAAUAUUCACUUUAUCGUGAAAUUCAUUCAGUUUACCUUCACAUCAGUGACUUAGUUUUGCAGGGUUGUUGUGAGAUCAGUCUCGUCUUCUCUUCUUCAUUGUGUGCUUUGAACUUAUAAACAUUAUUAUUACUUGAAGAAUAUAACACAUUAACUAAUUGGACCCUUGAGUUUGUAAUGUAUUAUAUCUAGAUAAAGAUUAUAUAUAUGUAUAUGUCUACAUUCAAGCUUUUUCAUUUUAUUUCUUUGAGAAUGUUAUACAAAAUAGAUCAUCCAGUCAACCUUUAGUAAUUUGCAAAUUAGUCAUUUAACCAAUUUAGAAAUUUGAAUUUCAGGGAGAAUUUAUUGCCCUGAUGGUGAUAUUAAAGACUUACUUAGGAAAAUGUUUCCAUUAACAAGUACUUUCCACAACAUUUCUCAGCUAUACCUGUUAUUAUGGUAUGUUAGAUUGUUCUGUAUUUACUGUAAACCAUGCAUAUAUAUAUCUACAUAUGUAAUUAAGAUUAUAUGAUUAUUACAAGUUUUAUACAAAACUUUGUUCAUAAAUUAGCUUUCUUUAAAGCUGAUUUGCAGUCCUUUAAAAAGUCUUUAAUGUUCAGUUUAUAAAAUUUAUCCACUUUUUCUGCUGCUUUUUAUAGUUAUUUUUUGUCGUGUUGUAGUGUUUCAGAAACCAUAUUUUACAUUAUCUCAAACUUAGCUGUGCAAGGAUGGAUUAAAAUAUCAUGAUCAAUUUGAACUAAUCACCUGUAGUUUUGAUGAGAGUGUUAUUUUUCAUGAAAUUUAAUAAUAAUUCCAUUUACAUUAAAGAAUUGUGUGUAUGAAUGAGUGUGUACUUUUGUUAUCCUGAGGGUUCACACUUGUUUUCCAGAUGAUGUCAUGUGUAGAUUAAAAGGAUGAUGAUCUUUGUGCAAUUUAAUUGGUCCAAACUAAGGAAGUGUACUUUUGACAAAGUGAUUAUUCUAACUAGAGUAAUUAUAUGAUGCUCACAAUAGCAUUUUUUUCCACAAUGUCUUACAUAAUUUUCAACAUACAUUAAGAAAACUUCACAAUUUAUAGUCAUUCAGGGUUUCAGCCAUUGGAUUUUUACAUGAAAUUGUCACAAAAUUAGGGACGCCAUUGUGCAUAUUCUUUUAAUAUAUUACGCAGUAACAAAUUUUAUUAUUCAUAAAAAAUCAGUUAUUAGUUCAUUAAAAUGACAAGUCCACAAUUAACAUGUAAAUUGUUUGAAUAUCAAAAGUUUUUUUUUCUUUGCUUUGUUUUUCUUAUGUAUUGUUAUCAAAUUUCUGGACCAAAUGUGAGCAACUUGGCAACAAGAAAAUAUAUCAUGUGUUAUAGUUUAAAUAUUCUUUCCAAAACAGUGUACAUUUUCAAUUUAACACUUACUCAUUUGUAAGUAAAUGCUCCAUUUUUUUUUUGUUUUUUUUCCAUAAUUCAGUUACCAUGGUAUUUUGACAUUAAAUCAUGCAUUUUCAUUUUUUCAGAAAUGGGUCACAUUUGGUUUUAUCACUUUAUUGCCAGUAUCAGGCAUGAUGAUAAUACAAAUGUCUGAGACUAAAUUUAAGUAAUUUAAAAAGGGCUUUCAUUGAAUUUAUGUACAUUUGCAUAUAUACAGUGCUCAUGAGUAUUGUUAGUACUCAUUUUGUUACAUUUUCUCUACUAAAACAACAAA